GAGCUGCCAGGCCGGACGCGCCUGUGGCCUGGCGGCCCGGAGGACUCCAUUCGCCUGACCCGGCUGGGCUUGACUCUGUCUAGGCGCGCCAUGUUCGCGCGUGGGUCCCGGAGGCGCCGCUCCGGGCGUGCGCCUCCCGAGGCAGAGGACCCUGCUCAUGGCCAGCCCUGCAAUUCCUGCAGGGAACAGUGCCCAGGCUUCCUGCUGCACGGCUGGAGGAAGAUCUGCCAACACUGCAAAUGCCCACGGGAGGAGCAUGCAGUGCAUACUGUGCCUGUGGACCUAGAGCGCAUCAUGUGUCGGCUCAUCUCGGACUUCCAGCGCCACUCCAUUUCUGAUGACGACUCAGGCUGUGCCUCAGAGGAGUAUGCCUGGGUACCCCCUGGCCUUAAGCCGGAGCAGGUUUACCAGUUUUUCAGCUGCCUCCCAGAGGAUAAGGUCCCCUAUGUCAACAGUCCUGGGGAGAAAUACAGAAUAAAGCAGCUGCUGCACCAGCUGCCCCCACAUGAUAGCGAGGCACAGUAUUGUACGGCCCUGGAAGAGGAGGAGAAGAAAGAGUUGCGAGCCUUCAGCCAGCAGCGAAAGCGGGAGAAUCUGGGACGGGGCACCGUUCGAAUCUUCCCAGUGACCAUUAAUGGGGCUAUCUGCGAGGAGUGUGGAAAGCAGAUCGGAGGUGGCGACAUUGCAGUAUUUGCCAGUCGAGCAGGCCUUGGUGCCUGUUGGCACCCUCAGUGCUUCGUGUGCACCACCUGCCAGGAGCUGCUGGUUGACCUCAUCUACUUCUAUCAUGCUGGCAAGGUCUACUGUGGGCGCCACCAUGCCGAAUGCCUGCGCCCUCGCUGCCAAGCGUGUGAUGAGAUCAUCUUCUCCCCUGAAUGUACGGAGGCCGAGGGCCGGCACUGGCACAUGGGUCACUUCUGCUGCUUCGAGUGCGAAGCUUCUUUAGGAGGGCAGCGCUAUGUCAUGCGUCAGAGCCGCCCCCACUGCUGCGCCUGCUAUGAGGCCCGACACGCGGAGUACUGUGAUGGCUGCGGGGAACACAUUGGCCUGGACCAGGGUCAGAUGGCUUAUGAGGGCCAACACUGGCACGCUUCAGAUCGUUGCUUCUGCUGUAGCUGGUGCGGUCGACCCCUGCUGGGACGCCCUUUCCUGCCACGCCGUGGCCUAAUCUUCUGUUCACGAGCCUGCAGCCUCAGGGCUGAGACCACCGCUCCUGGGCCCGGCCGCCGCAGCUGGAGCGCCAGCACAGUCACAGCACGGCUCACAGCUUCUGCGGCUUCUUUCCCGGCUGCGGAGGGGACAGCGGAGACGACAAGCAAAGGCACCUGUACCAAGGCCGAGCCUGCUGCAAGCCCCAAUGAACCCUCUCGCUUUCUGAGAGGGGCCCCGCACCGCCACUCUAUGCCUGAGCUGGGACUCCGCAGUGCUCCUGAGCCACCUAAUGAAACCCCUGGACAUCCUGCCCUGCACCCAGAUGAUAAUGCCUUUGGCCGCCAAAGUACCCCGCGUGUCAGUUUUCGCGACCCUUUGGUGUCUGAGGGAGGGCCCCGAAGGACCCUGAGUGCACCUCCAGCCCAACGCCGAAGGCCGCGAAGUCCCCCACCCAGGGCCCCCAGCUGCCGCCACCGCCGACGUAGGCGCCGACGCCGCGGAAGCCACCAUCACCACCAUCAUCCUGGCAGACAUGGCCACCAUCGAUGUAACGUGGGAUCCGGUUCGGAUUCAGGAUCCUGUUCAAGCUCACCCUCUAGCCCCAGUUCAGAGUCCUCUGAAGAUGAUGGCUUCUUUCUAGGGGAACGUAUCCCGCUGCCCCCUCACCUGUGCAGGUCCAGGACCACUCAGGACACUGCAACUGAAACCUUUAACUCCCCAGCCCCGCCACUCGUCCAGGUGUCUCACCCAGUGACGCCUCGCCAGACCCGAGACAAAAACUGCAUCGUGGCUUGAAGGCGGGCAGCUUAAGGAACUCUACUAUCCAGUCAGUGUACACCAUGAUUCCCCUAAACUAAGUCAUGGCCCCGUUUCCACCCUGUUUGUAUUAGUGAAACAAAGCAAUAGUUGUUUUAAAAAACAACAGGCCUGGCUUCUUUGUUCCAGUGGCU